UUCCAUAGCCGUGAUUGCUUUUCUUGUGUUCUUUUUCUCUGUUUCUUCUCAUGAUCCAAUUCCAACCCUGUUGACAAAUUUCUCAUUGAAUAAAGGAAUCUCUCUGGUUUUCUUUGGAUUCUUCUUCAAGUGUUUUCUUCUGGGUUUAAAGGUUGCAGUUUUCAUCAAGGAAAAAAGAAGAAACAGCAGGAGGUUGAAUGAAAUGGAAGGAUCGCAGGGAAGUAGUAAUGGGCCGCCGCCGUUUCUGAUAAAAACGUACGAGAUGGUGGAUGAUCAGGUGACCAACUCCUUGGUGUCUUGGAGUGGAAGUGGUUACAGUUUCAUUGUCUGGAACCCGCCGGAUUUUGCAAGAGAUUUGCUUCCGACAUAUUUCAAGCACAACAACUUCUCCAGUUUUGUCCGACAGCUCAACACUUAUGGAUUCAGAAAGAUAGAUCCUGAUCAAUGGGAGUUUGCAAACGAGGAAUUCAUAAGAGGGAAGAAACAUCUUCUCAAGAACAUUUAUCGACGCAAGCCGAUUCACAGCCAUUCCACGAAUCGCCAUGGGAACUCUGGUGUGCCAUUACCUGAGAAAGAGAAGAAGGAAUUUGAAGAAGCGAUCAAGAGGUUGAAUGACGAUAAGAGCCGACUUCAGUUGCAGUUGGAGGGUCAUCAAAGAGAGAAUCAGGAAUUUCGGGUUCAGGUACGGCUGUUAUCGGAUCGGUUUCGGAACAUGGAAGACCGACAACGACGGUUGAUGGCCUCAUUUUCUCAUGUUAUAGACAAUCCCAAUUUUAUGUCACAAUCUCAUAGCAAAAAGAGGAAGUUGAUGAAUGUGCAUGACUUGAAUGAUGGUUUCAACAGAGAAGGACAUCAUCACAGUUUGGCUUCUCAGAAGGCAGACUCGGGAAUGAACUUGAAACAGAUUGAAGAGCUGGAAUUAUCUAUAAGUUUUUUGGAAACAUUGUUCCUUGGAAUCGGAACGUCGUCACCACGGCCUUCUCCUAUUGUUAUUACCGAAAUACCGAGCUCUUCGGGAGACUACGACAUGGAUGGUGAACUAUGCUCGCCUUCAUCACACCCUUGCUCCCCUUAUUCAACAGACAUUAACUCAUCCCCUGAGCUGGCUGCCUCUGCUUAUUAUCCUCUUCCACCAUCUUCUGCUUUUGGUCCAAAGUCGGAGCAUGCUAGUCGACCAGAGACCGAUGGUGCCUUGAAGAACAAGGUAGAAGCGGUGACGGUGGAUUAUUCGGUGCCAGGUGCCGUAAACGAUGUUUUCUGGGAACGGUUUCUGACCGAAGUACCGGAUACAUCAUCAUUUGCACAAGAGAUCCAGUCAGUUUAGGUUAGCUCAUAGAUCAUAUGGCAUAUGGAGUUUUCAUUAUAAAAUAUGGUUUGGUUGUGGAGGACAAUAUUUUUUUUGGUGUAAGUUGUUUUUGUUA